UCGGUCUAGAAAAUUUAACUAAUUUAACAAUAUUGAAUUGUACUGAUAAUGAAAUAGCCGAGUUAAAUGUUAGUAAAAACACUAAAUUAGAAGUUUUGAGGGUUCAUGAUAAUCAAAAUAUUAAACUUAUUGGUUUAGAAAAUCUUCCCAAUUUAGAAAUGUUUUCUUGUAGCCAAAAUCCACUUGCUAUUAUAGAAAUUGUUAAAGAAUAA